AAUGCAACAUCAUAGAAAAGUUGUUUUUAAGAUAAUAUCACAACAGUAAUUAAGGCACUCAGAAAAUUUCAAAAAUGUAUUGAUCAAUUUAGCCAAGAACUAAAUAGGCUGGAAAAUAACUUACAAGCUGGUAAAGAGAUUUUAUCCAAGCUGGAUUUUCCAGCAUGGUAACACUAUAAUGGUCUUUAUACCUGAUCUUUAUAACUUAUUAUAGAAUAAACUAUCCUCAGGGAUUUAGAGUAGCAGUGUUGACACAGCAUUGUUGAAGUAAUGGGUGAGUCUGACAAUGACAGGUAGGCAAUUGCACUUACUGCAUGUAAUUAAAAGUUCAGUCCAAGUUUUAUCAUUUCAAAUAUAUACACAUACAGGAUGCAGCUCCACUGGUUUCAAGGUAGAAAAAGGAAGAAAAUGUACUUCUACAGAAUCCUGGGUUCCUUUUUAGUGGUGUUUGGCUGUUGAACACCUAUUACAACACGGCCUGAUCAUUACAGCAAUUCAGUCAGCACUGAGGCUCAAAGGUCUGCACCCCUGUUGACAUGCUGUAGUUAAUUUACCUGAAAUUGAAUUUAUAUAGAUGUCUAAUGAUUUAAAACAGUGAGCAGGCGUUUAUAGUUUUAGGUCUUGAUAAAUUUUGCUGUCAGAGGGAUCAGGAAAAGCCUGUCAGAGGGAUCAGGAGCCAACAGGAUCAGGAAAAGCCAUCACAAGACCUUAUAACAGAAAAUAUAGAGCUUUAAAAAUAGAAAACAGAAGAAAUGUUGGUCAGAAGAAAUGUCAGAAGUACAGACCCAAACACACAACCAAUGAGUGAAAGAAAAAUGACACUGCCAUAGGAUUAAGAAAAAUCUGAAAACAAACUAUGGAGGCCUGAAAAGGUCAUUUGAGGCAAGUGAAACAUAAGUACAUAAUUCAUAUUAUGUUCAUGUUCAUUUUAUUGUUUCAAUAUUAACAGGCUAUGUUAAUAUUUUUGAUAAUGCUUGUGAUAAUGAAGGAAGCUGUAAACACAUUAAGUGCCUUUCUGGUUUAAUAAUUUUGAAGUAAGGGCAUGCAGAUUUUUGCACUAAACUGAAUAUUAGUCUAGUCAAUAAUGGGAACGGUUUUGUAGGCUUUGUAUCACAGUCAGCUUCAUUAACAGCUCUGGGCUUGGACUGGUUGUGUCAGACUUUCUCACUUGUAUGUCACUUACAGAAAAAAAGUUUUCCAAAUGAAGCAGUUAUUAGGCCAUAGUUAAAACUGUACAGGGCCCUUUUAAUAAACUUCAUCAUUCAUGUAGCUUUAAUGUACUGUAUGUGUUGAUGUAAUGCUGACAAAUUUUGUAAAACAUUCUUUUAAAGCAUGGUUAUUGCUAUUGCUUUUGCUCUGUUUUUGUGUUGGACUCAGGCUGGUGCAGUGCUUAUGACUUUCUCUUUCACAAACUAAUCACAAGAUUUUUACACAUAUGGAUUUUUAGACGCUUCACAUGUUAUAUUUCAUGCAUGUAGUGGAUUUUUCACUUGCACUGCCUGUUAUAUUUUCACAUGUGAUUUUUACACUAUGCAUUUCUUUUCACGUGUAGAGCAUGUCAUUUACUUUUUCAGUUGUCAUUUUUCUUAAAUGAGUAAUUCUUUUUCAGAUGUGAUCACAUUGUUCGCAUGAUGUCACGUUUCCUUUAGUUCACAUAUGCAAUUUCGGGGCAUAACAUUAAAAACGGUGAUCAUGUGAGAUUUAUUUCAUUUUUUUUCCAUAAGGGUACAGUUCUCAUACACCAUAUGGCCAAAAGUAUGUGGACACCGGUGUAUUGAACAUUCCAUUUCAAAACCAUGGGCGUUAAUAUUGAGAUGUUCCCACGUUGCUGUUAUAAUAACCUCCACUCUUCUGGGAAUGCAUUGUACUAGAUUUUGCAGUGUGGCUGUGGGGAUUUUUGCCCCUUCAGCCACAAGAGCAGUAAUGAGGUUGGGCACUGAUAUCCAGCAAGAAGGCCUGGUGCGAAAUUAGCAUUCCAGUUUAUCCCAAACGUGUUCAGUGGGGUUGAGGUCAGGGCUGUGUGCAGGCCACUCGAGUUCUUCCACACCGACCUUGAUAAACCACGUCUUCAUGGAGCUCACUUUGUACCCAGAGGCAUUACAUAGCACAUGUUUGGGCUUUUUAGCUCCAGUGAAAGAAAACUGUAAAGCUACAGCAUACAGAUACAUUCUAGACAAUUGUGUGCUUCCAACUUUGUAUCAACAGUUUGGGGAAGACCCACAUAUAGGUGUGAUUGAGGUGUCCACAUACUUUUGGACAUAUAGUGUAUAUGGGAAUUAGGUUAUAUAAAGAUGUGUUUAUUAUAUGAGGUCUUGACUGACACUGGCAUGUUCUUUUGUAUUAAUGCAAUGCAUCUAUUAAUAUCCUGUCUAGACACUCAUUAACUGUCAUUUCAUGUCAGUUUUAUUUUCAUACAGUAGUGAAGUGGCUUCAGUAUUGUGUUCAAGUUUAAAGUAAACGUACGCUUAUCUGUUAAAACACUUCCAUGAAUUGUUUAAGGAAAGUUAAACAGUGAACUUCCUCAGAAGCAAUGUGAUAGUCAGCACUUUUGGACUAUCGACAGGAGUGUAUCUGGGGCGUAGUCUUGAAACAGUGGUGUGUCCAGGUUUUUAGAUAUGGAGGUUAGAGACACAGGGGGACAGAAGCACAUAUGAGGAGCACACUGUCUCUUGUACUUCUGUAUUGUUUUGUUUUAUGUAGCACCAUGAUCCUGGAGGAACGUUUUUCCAUUUCUCUGUGUACUAACUAGCUGAAUACGGUUGAAAUGACACUUGACUUGACUAAGAGGUAACACCACCUGAUUAUGUACAGGACAGUGUUGCAUUUGUAGAAUAUCUGGAUUGAUCCUUGGUGCAAAAGGAAUAUUUUAGGUUGCAUUUUAAUGCUUUAGCAAUGUAUAAAGUCCAGUGAAGUCUGAGGCCAAUUUUUUGUGCACUGUCACUUUAAAUGUAGCAGAGCUCUCUCUCUCUGUCUGUGUGUGUGUGUGUGUGUGUGUGUGUGUGUGUGAGUGAGUGAGUGAGAGUGAAUGAACUUUUACCAUCCUGCAAGAGAACACCACUGCACUAUGGCUGAACUAACAGACUCCUACUAUUUAGGAUUUGACUUCAGCACCCAACAGCUGAAAGUUGUUGCCAUUGAUGGAAAGCUUCAAGUUACUCACCAGAGCAAUGUCCAGUUUGAAAGCGACCUUCCAGAGUUCAGGACACAGGGGGGAGUCCACAUCCAUGAGGACAGAGUGACCGUAACCUCUCCAGUGCUCAUGUGGGUCAAGGCACUCGACCUUCUCCUUGAGAAGAUGAAGAGCGCUGGAUUUGACUUCUCUCGUGUGAAAGCUAUUUCAGGCAGCGGGCAGCAACAUGGCAGUGUGUACUGGAAAAAGGGAGCGAGGAAAACUCUGCAGGGUCUGGAUCCGGGAAGAUAUUUACACAGCCUGCUGCAGGAUAGUUUUGCUGUCCAGGACAGUCCAGUGUGGAUGGACUCCAGUACUGCAGACCAAUGUAAGAACCUUGAAUGUGCAGUAGGGGGUGCUCAGCAGCUUGCCGAUAUCACUGGGUCACGGGCCUACGAGCGCUUUACUGCAAAUCAGAUUGCCAAGAUCUACCAGUUACAGCGAGACAGAUACAAUGAGACUGAGAAAAUCUCACUGGUCAGUAGCUUUGCUGCAUCUCUUUUUCUCGGUGAUUAUGCAGCUAUUGACUACAGUGAUGGUUCAGGGAUGAAUUUAAUGGAUAUCUUCACUAAAAAGUGGUCAGAGUCAUGUCUGAAAGCCACUGCACCUCAGCUGGCAGAGAAGCUGGGUAACCCCACACCACCCACUGCAGUUCUGGGCUCUGUUUCUCCAUAUUUUGUCAAGCGAUUUGGGAUGCCAGAAGACUGCAAAGUGGUGGCUUUCACUGGAGACAAUCCUGGAUCUCUAGCAGGGAUGCGCCUACAGGAGGGAGAUAUAGCGGUGAGCCUGGGCACGAGUGACACUGUGUUUCUGUGGAUCAAAGAACCCAGGCCGAUGGUGGAGGGACACAUCUUCUGCAACCCUGUAGACUGCCUGUCCUACAUGGCUCUGAUCUGCUAUAAGAACGGCUCUCUGACUAGAGAAAGGAUCCGUAACGAGUGUGCCGGAGGAUCCUGGGAAGAUUUCUCCACUGCCCUGAGGUCCAGCCCCAUGGGGAACAAUGGAAACAUAGGAAUUUAUUUUGAUGCCGUAGAGAUCACACCUCCAGCAGUCGGGAUUCAUAGAUUUGAUCAGCAUGAUAAAAAAGUAGCUGCCUUCACCCUGGAGGUGGAAAUUCGAGCCCUGGUUGAAGGACAGUUCCUGGCAAAGAGAGUGCAUGCCCAAAAGUUGGGUUAUAGGAUCAUUCGAGGAACGAGAGUGCUGGCGACGGGAGGGGCCUCAUCUAACAAGGACAUACUUCAGGUUCUGUCUGACGUGUUCAACGCUCCAGUGUACACCAUCGACGUGGCCAACUCUGCGUGUCUUGGCUGCGCCUACAGAGCUGUGCAUGGACUAGCUGCUGAAAUGGGAAUGUCAUUUGCAGAGGCAGUGAGAGAAGCCCCAGGAGCACAGCUUGCAGUGAGACCAACCCCAGGAGCUGAAAAGGUUUACGGGCCUCUCCUGAAGAGAUACGCAGAUCUGGAAGAGAAGAUUCUCAAGCACGACACAAUGAUUCAACACACUCAGUGUCUUUAAAGCGUCUUUCUGUUUUUAAUCAGCCAUGAACAGAUGAUGCCUUUAAUGUGAUUCUGUAUAAAGGAUGCUGCAUUAGUUUUUUAGGUGGAGAUAUGUGUGUAUUGUUUCUAUGGGUGCCACACUGUUCAGUGUUAAUCGUGGGCAGGAAGCAACACAGUGUGAUCAUUAAUUUGGCCUUGACAGGUUCAAAUCUAUCACCGCGUCAGGUGUAAAUGUUAAACCGCUAUUGUGUAACAUAAUUCCAGUAUGAGCUGUGAAAUGAAGGAAAACAAAAGCUGAUAGGAGCUGUGUGACUCAACCUCUCCUUCCCCUUUCUGAGAUGGAGCACAUAUAUAUAUGUGCGUGUGUGUCUGUGUGUGUCUGUGUGUGUGUGCGUGCGCGUCUUUCACUGAUACUUUGACCUCAGGCUGUGUUCUAUUAAUAAUAAUCCAUCUGAGUUUCACACAUUCCCACUCACUGACACCAAUGUGCCUCGGCUGCCGCUUUAAAUCAAUUGGUCAUUACUCUCCAGCUCCUGCCUUCACGCUGCUAAAUGUGAAGUGUAUGCUAGUGUGCAUGCAUUAAUGUUGCAGUUAGGCAGAGCCCUGUAAUGUAUUUAAGGCUACACAUCGUGCAUUAAUUAAUGUCAUCACAUUGCCAGUGUUUACCAAUCUUUGGAUCAUACGUUUUGCUUUUUAGCCCCAGGAGGCAUUUACUGGUGCUCAUGAUGAUCUAUUAGUGUUACACAGACCUAGCCAUCAGCAGUCUAAAUAAACUGGUGAAUACAUGAAAUUAUGAAUGGUGACGACCCAGAUACCUCAAGGUAUUUUUAGUUUUGUUGCAUAUAUGUUUUCUCUGCUUUAUUCCUCUUUCCAAACUAGAUGACAUCAGGAUAUUAGAUUUGAUUUGUGAAACCAUUCGUCAUAAAGUGAUGGGGCAUUACGAGUUGUUCUCCUCCAUAUAAUAUAUUACAUAAACCUUAGUAACCAAGGACUUUCAUUCUGUGUUUAUUGUGCACUGCACACUUAGAACAUCUCAGGAAGAUGGGCUGAUUGAUUUUUCGUCUUAAAAUGAGACUGACUGUGUGAAAUAUUUUUCACAUUCUUGCCAUUCUUGUAAGAAAUGUAUAAAAAAAAAUCAAUUAAAUAGCUGGGAAUGGAAAUGUAGACAUAAAAUUCCCUCACAACAGUUUGUACUUUAACUUCCUAGUUUUGUAUCUAAUCCAAUAAAAAUGUCAUUGUUUAAUUAUCUCACACACUUAGUAUUUUUAGAUAUUUAUUAUAUGAUGCAUGAUUUUUUUGCGCAAAUUUUUGUGUGUGUUUAUUUUGUUUCUAAAGCAAUUAGUAAUCCUAUAGAUUCAUGUAAACUUGAAGAUAUAUUAAAGAGGUAAUGAGGAUGGUGGAUUACUGACUGUGAUUGCAUUGUUUUUUACUUAUGCAAUCAAGGCACGACAAGCUUUCCACAUGGAAGUGUUUGUUAAUAAGCUACUAUUUAAGCCAGUAAUGUGGGUAAAUAAAAUGCAAAUAUUGCCUCUCUCUUUUUUCUUUUUCUCUCAGAAAAAGACACACAGUAUACAUGUGUAACAUGUAUUAUAUAUAAAUUGACUAACAUAUUGAGAUAAAACUUUUCCUAUAACAAAUCCAAUUUUUUUCACGUGAUGUGCUACUACAUUGAACACAGUGAAAGCGUGCAUAGAAUGUCAAUGAACAUUGAAUGAUGACACUGUAUGUGUGAUUAUUUGAGCUGUGGCAUGUUCAGAGUUCUAGACAUGGAAUGGCAAAGAAGGAGAUUUUUACUUUAAUGCAGCACAGAAAAGGUGCUUGCAUAAGUUUUUUGAUUGCAUAAGUUUUUAGUGGCACUGGAACUGUUAUUCCUAAUUACAAUUCCUGACCUUCCUAAUGAGACGAAUAAGACCUAAGGAGUAAAUUAAGUUCUGAGUCUUUACUGCAAGUACAAGCACUGCCACAAUUACUAGUUUAUUUUUUCUAUUUCGAACUAUUAAAGUUUGAAUAUAAACCUGCUGG